AGGCAGCGGUACCGCUACCCGGCCCGAGCCCGAAGCGGACAGGGCCGGUCACUGAGCGCUGGACAUGAUGCCGGCGCCACAGCAACCUGCGGUGACGUGGGGGCAGCGACAGCAACACGCCCCCCUCGGUUUAUGCCGAACCGUUAAUGUCUCCCCUGAAUUGCCGUUGGGGGGGGGGCAUUAAUCCAUCCUCCUGCCCCACCACCCGGCUGCCAUGGGCCUGCCCAGCCGCACCCGCCCCUCCACACGCCGGCGGGGCCUCUCCGGGCCUUACCGAACCGCGCGGCUGCGCGUCCGGGCUGGCGGGCCGCGAUGUGCCCAACUCGGCCCUGAGAGGGAUUUCGAGCCCCGGCACCUGGGAAGGAGGCAGCAAGAGCCGCUUCUUCCGCGGGGUAAAACAGGUCCCUCCGCAGCAGCUCCAGGGCGCCCCGCCCGAGAAGACAGUCACGAGGUGCUGCGCUGCCUUACAGGAGCAACCGUUGUUCACUGGAGCCGCGGCAACCGCGGCUCCCUGCGCCCCAGGCCGAAUCGAGUCCCGGCCGCAGGAGGCGGGGCUAAGCCGGCAGGACCCAGGCACCUGCGCCCGGCCAUGGAGGGGGAGCUCGGAGCUUGGAAUGAAAAUGUAUUGGAUUAUUUUCUGAAUACUAACCAGAUUAAAACCAGAGAUGGAGCAGAAAUUAUCUGGUAUCAUGCAGCAAACAAUAAAUCACAAAUGAAAGAGGCAAUACAAAGUGCUGCUCAUAUGGUAGAAGCAGAUAUUCUUCUUUGUGGUGAGGAAGAAGGAAAUGGUGAACCAAUCAUGGCUCAUCCUCCUGAAACUAAGAGUGACAACACAUUGCAGGCAUGGCUAAAUGAGAUUGUGAACACUAAAAAAGGCAUCAAACUGGAUUUUAAGAGUCUAGCAGCGGUGAAGCCCUCUAUGAUGCUUCUUGAAGGCAUAAAGUUGCAUCUGAGGCGACCUGUCUGGAUUAAUGCAGACAUUCUCCCUGGACCUAAUGGAAGUAACACUGUCGUGGAUGCAAAAAGAUUUCUAGACACCGUAACUUCAUUCUGCCCGGAUGUGACGUUAUCGUUGGGCUGGACAACUGGGUGGCAGCCUCAACAAUGCAAUAAAGGAUACAGUUGGGCAAUGGUGAAAGAGAUGGCUCAAAUUUGUGACGCACUUACUCAGCCUGUAACGUUCCCUGUUAGAGCAGCUUUGGUACGACAGUCAAAAUCUGAGUUGGUUUGGUUAUUACAGAAGUCAAACAGGUACAGCCUGACUGUUUGGACAGGAAGGCAUGACAAAUACUCCAUAGAAGACCUGCUCUACCUCAGAGAGAACUUUGAUAAAAAAUCCCUCUGCACUGUCUAUGGUCCUUCUGCUCUGUCAAGGAUUUCAGUGAUAUUCAGGCUGCUGCUGCUGCUGCUCCUCUGCUCUCCGUUCUCUGCUGCUGUCUUCUGCUCUGCGCUCCUGCUCACCCACACACCUACCCUAAAGCCUGUCAAUUCUCUGCCUUAUAUAUUAUUUUUGAUCUUUUCUAAUUGGUUGCUCUCUCUCAGUGCUAGUAAUUAGCAUAUUUCCUCUCUAUGGGGUGAUACCUAUUCAGCCAAUCAGCUUUACCUGUCAUUUGAGCGAGACCUGGCUGAGAAUCUCUUUCUUACCUGACUGACCCAUCCCUUAAUCUCACCUUGCUGUAAUUUAUUUCACCCCAGUUACCUGUCUGUUAUUGGUCAAUUCAGCCUGAGUUCUCCAUUUUAAUUUUUCUAAUGUAAAAUCAUUGCAGCUGCCAUUUUGGAAACCUGCUCUAACCUAACACUAUUUAUUACUUAUCAGAAAGCCUUAAAUCAUGAGCUAACUAUAUUUGUAUUCAUGUUUAGGCAUUAUGAUAUUGUCACCACUUUUGUUAUGCUAAUUGAGGGAGGUGACUUUUACAAUGUUUCCUCUCUUCUUUGCAUAUUGACAGCUGCAUGGCUGACACCUCUCCUUGGUGCUGCUAAUUUUCUUACACAGCAUAGAGCAACUAAAAGCUUCUUGUAUCAGUCCCCUCCUUGGUGGGUGAUAUACUUAUCAACCCACCACUUGCUUAAAUAGUGAAUUCAGUGGAUGUUUGGUCUUGUCCAGUAUUGGCUCAAGGCUCUCCUGUGAGACCGAGCAGAUACCUCUUCUUACUGGCACAAUUCCUCACCAUCCUUGAUUCUCACUAGGGUCACACUUUCCUGUGUGCCAUUAUAGUUUCUUUUAAGGCUUGCGGACUGUACAUGCUUUAGCCGCUUAAAUUUUUAUUUUAACCCAGCACACAAGGAUAAUAAGCAUAAAUGCCAUCAUAAUCUGAAAUGCUAAUAUUGUCACAACAGGCUGUAAAAUUGUAUUAAAGAACCCUGUUGCUCUUGGAGACCAUCCCAAGAACACUUUCCAACUGUUGUUUUUGGUAUCACUUUUUAUACACUCUAUAAUGUGCUCAAUUUUCUUAGGGAGUGGUGAAGAGUAAUCAUAGCCUUUUGUGCAUUUUCCUGAGCCCUUUGUUGUUGUCUUUGUAAGUCAGGAUGAUCCAUUAAUUGCUUAACUAAACUUAUAUUUAUUCCUAAAAGUAUUGGAUCAAUCUUUUUAUAUAUCUGAUAGUGAUCCCUAAUUUCCUCAUUACCAAUUUCAGGUAGCAUGAAUUUGAAAUUCCAACCAAUCGUCAAUGUGAUAUUACAAAAACAUUUGUUUUCAUAAGGGUUAUGAGUUAUAUUGAAUACGUGAUUAACUUAAACAAUUUAUACCAUCUUCUAACACAUACACAUUUAUUUCCAAUAUAUAUAACGACUGAUCCAUUAAAUGGGAAAGGGUCUAGCUGAUAAUGGCUUUUUCCCCUUUCGUCACUUAAACAUAUAUCAUAUGACUGGAUUGUACACUAUUAAAGUAUAUCCAAUUCCACAUUCUUCCAUACAGGCCUCAAGUUCCACAGUUUUCCAUGUAAGGUUUUGCCUUAUGGCCUAUAGUUUGUGUUUUAUUGGUUUCAUUAUACUAUUAUUAUUAUUUAACCCUAGCUUUACAAUAGGAGAUAUCCAUUCUAUUUGGGCUUUGGACAUUAUGACUGUAUGUAGUAAUUUGAUUCAUUUGAAGAUUAUAUUUGAAAUUUAUCAUUUUCCACCAGGAAUAUAACUUUUGUUCUGCCCUAGUGGCAUAUGUCCACAUUAUACUUCUUAUUUCUAAAGGUAAAAUUCCACUCAUCCCAUCUCUUAUUAUGUCUUUCACCACAUCAUUAGUCCAAGUCUGUGCUUAUAUGCAAGCCAGUGCCAUGGAUACAUUGUUUUGUAAUACUUCUACGAUAUGUAGUAUGGCUAAAUGAUCAGCCUUUUAAAAUUUUUCUGAGCCAGGGAAUAAACUCGCUAUUAGGUGAUGGCGAGUGCUUAUGUAAUUUGAAGAUGUUUUAAAAGGUUUAGACAAAGCUCCCAAGUGUUGUCCUACUGCAUUUAAUUUAUUAGCAAAUACUUCUACAUCUAUGCUAUUCAACACUCCGAGUUCUGUACCUGCUCUUCCUACAGCUGUAUCUAUUAAGCGUCUUUUUUUUCUAUUAGUAGUGGCUUUUAAUAAAAGUUGGAUUUCUGUCCAUUUUUUCCAUCCCACAAAC